AACUUGCAGGGCAUCAGUAACGAGCACUGCUACCUCACCUUCGGCGAUAAGCGGCGACUCAUCGCCCGGGACAGGCUCACCUUCGGCACCACUGUCAUGUAUGAUGGCAAAGGCGACAUAUGCAAGAAGAACUUCACAUGGAUCAUCGGCGGCGACCGAUUUCUCCAAUCCUCUCCCGUCAUUGUUCUCAAAACUCGUAUGCACAUAUGGAUAAUGUCGCCCACUUCCAAGAGCAGCUGGAACAGCUCCGAAUCUUUCCCCACGGCCGGCUCGGCAUGGAAGACCGAGGCCUCUGCCUCACCUCAUUCGUCCUCUGCUCGCCACAAGCGCAAAAUGUCAACUCCCGCGGACGACGGUAAGCAAAAGAACGCGAUCCUCUUAGAGGGGAUAAUGCUGGGCCAGGGAACUUUCGCACACGUAAACAACGUAUGGGACACGAAUAUCGUGAAGCUGAUAGAUUUUGAGAGUUCUAAGCCUGCUAUGCUGAUGGAAUAUGUGCCAUGCGGCACCCUUACUAGUCAGCGGAAGUCCUCAACAUUCUCAGAAGCAGAGCUGAAGGAGAUCCUCGUGCAGAGCCGUGGGGCGCUCGAGUAUCUCCACGGGCAGACGCCUCAAGUCGUUCAUCGAGAUCAAGCCAGAGAACAUCCUCGUCCAGUCUCGUGCUCCGAUGCACAUCAAAGUGUCCGACUUUGGGCUCUCCAAGAUAUGUUGCAAGGGCUAAGCAAAAAAGAGUCGUACACUGCUGGCGUUGACAUUUGGUCUUUGGGAGUGACCAUCCUCCAACUCGGGUACGGCCUGCCGAACUGGCAGUCAAAUUCCAUUGGCCGAAGCUGGUGCCAGCAAUUCGUCUUGGAACUGCAUUUGUGGAAACCAGAUAGAUUUAAGGUCUUGUAUAGCAUGCUCGUGGAAGCAGUAGACGAAGGAACCUCAGUCAGUGCAUGCCGGCAGUAUAUCCUUGCCAAUCGUGCGCUGCGGUCCGCUUCGGUACCGAUCAACCCCGGAGCUGCCGCGUAUCCGAUCACCUACGAGCAUGGGUGUAUUCUGGAUCCAAGCAAUGGACUGAGAUGGCUGCGGAAUGCUGGAUUGCGUAUUUCUAAGCGCUUCCUUGCCGUUUGA